AUCUUGUGUGGCUGCUCCGUUCCUGAAGGGCCACAGGGAAAGUUUCCUGCCCAGUCUGCUCACUGCAGACGCUUGGAAAACGUGACCGAUGGGUUUGCUGAGGUGGGAGAUGGUUGGAGGAGUGAUCUCUUCAUUGGUGGCAGGUGGUUGGGAUGCUACAAUCAGCCAGGGCUGUAAUUCCGUUGGACUGAGUAGGUUUGAUGGCUUUGUGUUCCUGCACAGGGUGUUGCUACACCCUCAGAAAUACUUGGUUGUGAAAUGAUUGAAUUAUUGAAUGAGCUGUUGUUCUGUUGCCUCCAAGCUCCAAGCUCACCCUUUUGUGAGCACAGGAGCUGAAAUCCAUUGGUCCACCCCAAACCCCACAGUGUCACUCUGACAGGGGCACGUGUGGAAGUUACAUUCGGGUGCAAAGCAGGGGCUGAACUUUGCAUCUUGCUCCUCUGACAAGUUCAGGGAGGUGAGGCCGUAUUCCCUCCCCCCUCAGGUUGUUCAGAUGAAUCCUUUCAGUGCUUGUCUUCUCCAAAGUCUUUCCCUGCAUCCAGUGCCAGCUGGAGCAGCCGUGCUGUUCCUCUGUGUCCCAUCAAACUUCCCAGCUUUCAGCUGACAAAGUGUUGCCUCUGCUGCCGAUGUCUCUUAAUUCCUUCCUCUCCCGUUGGCCUCGUGACGGGAUAUUUGGCUCGUUUGCCCCUCGCUGAGCCGUUGGUAAUGGAUAGCAUAUUGUCUGGAGCUGGAGCCUGCUGGGAUUCAGCCUCUGAGUGGCUGAGGAGGCUCCGAGAUUCCAAGAGCCCUGUUGCACAAACACGUUCCGCCCCUGCACUGCCGAGGGGGUGGGUGUGUUUGUCCCUGAUAAAAGAUUGGCUUCUGCCCUUCAUCUGCCCCAGCAGCGAGAGGAGGCAGCUGGGACUCCCCACAGCUUCUGCAGAGAAGGGAGAAGCCCAUUUGCUCCUAGAAAUGGGCAAAAAGGACUUCAAUUAUCUUUUCCUCACCGUUUUCUGCACGAUGGCCCUGAAGCUGAGCUGUGUCAGCUCCAUGUCCAUGGCAGGGCUGGGAUAUGUUGUUACAGCAGCUGUUGUGCUCUCAGCUGUGCCUGUCACCAUGGUGGAACACGCCGAGUUCCUGAAGGCUGGCAAGGAGCCCGGCCUUCAGAUUUGGAGAGUCGAGAAGUUUGACCUGGUCCCGGUGCCUAAAAACCUGUAUGGAGACUUCUUCACAGGAGACUCCUACCUGGUGCUGAACACCAUCAAACAGCGCAGCGGGAACCUGCAGUACGACCUGCACUUCUGGCUGGGUGAUGAGAGCUCCCAGGAUGAGCGAGGGGCCGCCGCCAUCUUCACGGUGCAGAUGGACGACCACCUGCAGGGCCGGGCCGUGCAGCACCGCGAGGUGCAGGGCCACGAGUCCCCCACCUUCCUGGGCUACUUCAAAUCCGGCAUCAAGUACAAGGCUGGUGGUGUUGCUUCUGGCUUCAGACACGUGGUCCCCAACGAGGUCACUGUGCAGAGGCUGCUGCAGGUCAAAGGCAGGAGAACAGUGCGGGCCACGGAGGUCCCUGUGAGCUGGGACAGCUUCAACACAGGGGACUGUUUCAUCCUGGACCUGGGCAGUAACAUCUUCCAAUGGUGUGGCUCCAACAGCAACCGGCAGGAGCGGCUCAAGGCCACGGUGCUGGCCAAGGGCAUCCGGGACAACGAGCGCAACGGCCGCGCCAAGGUCUACGUGUCCGAGGAGGGAUCCGAGCGGGAGGAGAUGCUCCAGGUCCUGGGACCAAAGCCCACUUUGCCACCAGGAGUUUCUGAUGAGACCAAAACCGACACAGCCAACAGAAAGCUGGCCAAGCUCUACAAGGUCUCCAAUGGGGCUGGGAACAUGGCAGUGUCCCUGGUGGCAGAUGAGAACCCCUUCUCCCAGGCAGCCCUGAGCACAGAUGACUGCUUCAUCCUGGACCAUGGCACAGAUGGGAAGAUCUUUGUUUGGAAAGGCAAAGGUGCCAACUCUGAGGAGAAGAAGGCAGCACUGAAAACAGCUUCUGAGUUCAUUGACAAGAUGGGUUACCCCAAACAUACCCAGAUCCAAGUCCUCCCUGAGAGUGGUGAGACACCUCUGUUCAAGCAAUUCUUCAAGAACUGGCGGGACAAGGACCAGACAGAGGGGCUGGGCCAGGCCCACGUUUCUGGUCACAUUGCCAAGAUCGAGCAGGUCCCUUUCGACGCGGCCACUCUGCACAGCUCCAGGGCCAUGGCUGCCCAGCACGGCAUGGAGGAUGAUGGCUCCGGCAAGAAACAGAUCUGGAGAAUAGAAGGCUCCGAGAAGGUGCCGGUGAAUCCCGCGACCUACGGGCAGUUCUACGGCGGGGACAGCUACAUCAUCCUGUACGACUACCAGCACGACGGCAGGAAGGGCCAGAUCAUCUACACCUGGCAGGGAGCUGACUCCACACAGGAUGAGAUUGCAACCUCUGCCUUCCUCACAGUGCAGCUGGAUGAGGAGCUGGGAGGCAGCCCUGUGCAGAAACGAGUGGUGCAAGGGAAGGAGCCUCCUCACCUGAUGAGCAUGUUUGGGGGCAAGCCCUUGAUUGUUUACAAGGGGGGAACCUCGAGGGAAGGAGGGCAGACGGCGCCCGCGGAAACGCGGCUCUUCCAGGUCCGAUCCAGCACCUCGGGAGCCACCAGAGCUGUGGAGCUGGAUCCUACAGCCAGUCAGCUGAACUCCAACGAUGCCUUUGUCCUGAAGACUCCCUCUGCUGCCUACCUGUGGGUUGGCCAAGGAGCCAGCAACGCUGAGAAAUCGGGAGCACAGGAGCUGCUGAAGAUCCUGGGAGCUCGCCCAGUACAGGUCUCUGAGGGCAGAGAGCCAGACAAUUUCUGGGCAGCCCUGGGUGGGAAGGCCCCGUACCGCACCUCCCCCCGGCUCAAGGACAAGAAGAUGGACACCCACCCCCCUCGGCUCUUCGCCUGCUCCAACAAGAGCGGGCGCUUCACGAUUGAAGAAGUUCCUGGAGAUCUGACUCAGGAUGACCUGGCUACAGAUGAUGUGAUGAUCCUUGACACGUGGGAUCAGGUCUUUGUAUGGAUUGGGCAAGAUGCUCAAGAAGAAGAAAAGACUGAGGCACUGAAAUCUGCCAAGCGCUACAUCGACACCAACCCCUCCAACCGCGACAAGAGGACCCCCGUGACCAUCAUCAAACAGGGCUUCGAGCCCCCCACCUUCUCCGGCUGGUUCCUGGGCUGGGAUGACGAGUACUGGGCUGUGGAUCCCCUGCAGAGAGCGAUGGCAGACGUGGAUGUCUGAGAACAGGUUUGACACAGAGCCAGUCAGUGCCUUCAAUGCCUCCAAGAGCUCCUUCCUCCAGGACGCACAUUAACGAGGGAAUGAUGUUAAAUAGCCAAGUAGCUGUGCAAUAAUUUCCGAAAACAAUCACGACCGGUCAUUGACCCUCCUCCUUGCUUUGAUUAUAUUUAAUACAAUAAAGCUUGUGUGAAAUAUGGGAAGAA